GAAGAAACGGUUUCCGUUGAUACAGGAAGUAAAUGCUAAGCAGUGCACAUAACUGCACCAGCCACACGGUUUUAAAGGAGAUAGAAAUUGUGUCAUUUGAUUCGUUAAUUGUGCCAUUGAAUAUUUGAAGAUUAACAACGUUUUAAUCUAGAAGAUUGUGCAUUUGGUGUUUGAACCAACUGGAUGUUGAGUCUGCAGGCUCUGUUUAGGAUUGGGUUCCUUGUGACAUCACGGGCAACCACAGUCCUCUCCCACAGGGGGGCAUGUCCAUUGGUCAGUGUGACAAAUAGUCUAAAUAAGGAGUGCUUCAGUGGACAAGCAUCCACCAUGGCCCAGUCCAUAAAAUACCUUGGGCAGGAGGAGGCCCGGCGCAUUGAUGAGGAGCUGUUCUCAGAGUAUGGCUUCAGUGUGGACCAGCUAAUGGAGCUGGCUGGGCUUAGCUGUGCUACAGCAGUCACCAGGGCCUACCCCACCAGCUCUCUGGUCAAAGCCAGACCCUCUUUGCUUGUGAUCUGUGGCCCGGGUAACAAUGGAGGAGAUGGCCUGGUCUGUGCCAGACAUCUCAAACUCUUUGGAUAUGCACCGACCAUACUGUACCCAAAGAGGCCAAACAAACUGUUGUUCCAGGGCCUGACCACCCAGUGUGAGAAGAUGGACAUCCCUUUCCUGACUGAAAUGCCUGAGGCAAAAGUGGUUGACGAGGCUUACAACCUGGUGAUAGACGCCAUCUUUGGCUUCAGCUUCAAGGGUGCCGUGCGGGAGCCUUUUGGCUCCAUCCUGGACGUGCUGAAGAAGACCACUGUACCUAUAGUUAGUAUUGACAUCCCCUCAGGUUGGGAUGUGGAGCAGGGCAGCACAGACGGACUCCAGCCAGACAUGCUCAUCUCCCUGACUGCCCCUAAGAAGUCAGCAACACACUUCUGUGGACGCUACCACUAUCUGGGGGGACGUUUUGUGCCUCCUGCCAUGGAGAAGAAGUACCAGCUCAACCUACCUCCGUACCCCAAUACUGACUGUGUGUACCAGCUGCAGUAGUGCCAACCUGUGAUAUAGUGGUAAAAAAAAAAAAGAUUGGUGGGUAAACGCUGUUCGCGGUGAAUAAGGUAAUGCUCCCAUGUACGUGCGUUUACCCUCCGCUACACCACUGGUGCCAACUGUAUAGGAGAAAGGCUGUGUAAGUACACUUAGGGUUGGAGAGGUUAUCAACGUCGGUGGAUCCAUUAUGAAUUUGAUGAGAUGUUUAUGUACUGUUUGCACGAAAGGUUAUACCUAAAUUGAUGGGUCUUUUGCUGUUGCAGUUUGAAAUGUUUUGGCAUUCUUAUAAGAGUUCUUAUGGACAGUUGUAAUUGCAGUCUGUUAUUUAAAUAUUUAAAAUUAAAAGUGACCAUUUAAAUUUUUUA